UGUGAAUUUGACGAUUUGACGAAUUAAAUUUGAUGUUCGUACUUCGUUCGCUAUUGAGAUAGGACUCAAGUCUUAAUCACCUGCAUUCAUUAGGAUUAUUUCAAUAAUUACGAUAAACCAGUAAAUAGCAGGUGAUAACACAGAUAAACGGAUUUAUCUUGUGAAUAUGAGGUGAUAGCAGUUGAAAAUAGUUUCUCGUGCCUACGUACUUCCUACAAUGAUUAAAGUUUUGGGGCAAGGCUCUUCUGUAUUUUAUGUAAAUUAGCAUGGAUAAGUGUGGUGUGACGUAUCUGCGGUUGAGUGUUUUAUUGUGCGACAUAGUGCGAGUGCAGUCGUAUUGUUGUACUUGCUAGUUGUGAACGUCUACCUAACGUAAAUACACUUGAUGGCACAGUGUGUUUAGUUGACAAAUAACGAUGCCUCCGAGACCACCGCCGCCGCCUGGACCUCCUCCGCCUCCAGGGCCUCCUCCUCCAAUUUUUGGAGGAGCCAAAGGGGGUCCUGACGAUCGGAAUGCGUUACUUAGUUCGAUAAGACAGGGAGCAAAGUUGAAAAAGACAGUCACAGUGGAUAAAAGUGGACCCUAUAUUCCGGGCAAAGUGACAAAUGCAUCUAGUAGUGGUAGUAGCCCAGUGGGGAAUGGUGUGAGGGCUGGUGGUAUACCAAAUGGAGGUGCUAUGCCUGCUUUGGGCGGACUUUUUGCUGGUGGAAUGCCUAAGUUAAGGCCUACAGGAAAAGGACCCAGUAUUGGAAGCACAACACCAAAUGGCCAAAUCAAAUCGGACAGCGGUGGUUCGUCGCCGCGGUUUGCACAACCCCAGAAAUCACCGGAAAAGUCUCGAUCUUUCGGCUCCUCUGGUGGGAACCUUAUGGCUGCGUUGUCUGAAGCAAUCGCGUCACGGGAAUCGCCGAGGGACACGAGGGAUUCUCCCAGGGAACCGCGGGAUUCGCCCAGGGACCCUCCACCAGCCAGGCCGAUGGUCAGGAGGCAGCCCAGUGAGGUCCGGGUGAGAGGACCACCUCCGGAACCGCCGGUGGCCAAGACUCCUAUGCCUUUGAGUUCGUCAGACUCCGUACUAACUACGGGCUCUGUGACGGAGCGCGUCAGCUCACAAACAUCUGAACAAACACUACCAACGCACGUGGCAAGCACUCUGCACAGGAAUCGGAGCUCGCUGCACUCUGGAUCGCAGGUUUCACUUGGCGGUUCAAUGACGUCACUGACAUCAGCUCCCCCCACCCCCGCGCCCGCGUCCUCCCACUCCACGUCGGACCUCUCGGAGCGGCCCCGCGUGAGCCACGGCAAGCCGAACCUCGCGCCGAAGCCCCCGACCCUGAACCCGGCGCCGGAUAGGCCUUCGCCCCCGCCUAAAAAGCUCGUGGUUAAUGGGAAGUUAGCGGCCAGAGCGCAGAGCAUGAGGGUGCCGAGGUCGCCCCCCGUAUCGCCCCCGUCGCCCCCGAGCGGCGCGAACCCCUCCCGCCCCCCGCAGCCGCCCCCCGCACCACUCCACCCGCCCCCCAUACCGGUGGGGACCAAGAACCCCGCGUCGCACUUUGGCACGCUGCGAGCCCCCCGCGGGCUGCGCCCCCCCGGCGUGUGCCCCCCGCCGCCCCCGGGCGCCCCGCCCCCGCCGCCCGCGCGCGGCGCCUCGCUAGCGCCCCCUCCGCCCCCGCAUCAUAGACAGCAUAGCGUCCAAAGCACGCACUCCACCAGCACUAACGAAGAAACCUCCGCCCCCCCUCCCCCCGUGCGCGGCUCCUCCCACCGCGCCGAGUGGGAGGCGCGCUUCGCGGAGCUGUUCCGAGCUCCGCGCACCUUCCCCGCACCGCCGCCCUUCCUGCGAGUGGCCAAGGGGUACUGCAGCGCUGCGCAGCAUGUGAGCAAGGCGCAGGCGCCGCCGCCGCCGCUGAAGGUGCCGCUGGACGGCUGGUCGGGCACCUCCAGCGCCUGCUAGCGAGCGCCGGGGGCGAAGGCCCCCGCGCGCCACGCGCCCAUAGCGCACCCCGCGAACCCCUCAAAGCCCGCGCACCCC